AUGAAGGCACAAGUUGGUAUGAUAGUAUCAAAAACCGUGAACACUGUUCACGAUCAGGAGUCGAAAUCAACAGAAAACGAGAUAAGUGUAUCAGAUAUUGAAACCUCACCUAAUAAUAUGACUCAAAUCUCUAUCCACGAAGUCAAGCUCGAAAUUAGACAUACAUUACGCCUGCAAACGUUCUGGUCAUCAAUAAUUCAUCGGAGGAAUCAGUUGUCCGUCAAGAGCACGCUUGAUGAUGAGUGUCUUAACCUGGUAGAAGUUGCAGGAAAAUUUCAAAUUCGAGGAAUCGUAGCUCUGUACCCUGAGGCGUCAUCGACAAGUGUGGACGAAUGGAAUAUAGAUGAAAUUGAAUCGCCAUCAAAAAGAUUCAAGGAGGAUAAACUCAAACAGUCACAUACUCCAGAAGAUAAGAUCGGCACCGUCAGUUAUGGAAUGUUCCCGAAUGAGAGCCUAUCCACAACUUCUUUAUAUGUACCCUCUCCUGAUUCAACUAUUAGCGUAGAAUUAAUAAAAACCGAGAAUCAUAGUCACUAUAUAAGUUACCUCACUGGUCCUG